AUGAAUUUCUGUCUGUAUGUCUGUCUGCUGUCUGACUCGGAAAUUGAAAUUGGUGAACCGAUCGACAUGAAAAUUGAGAAAGAGAAAGAGAGUUUCUACAGCCGGCUGAACAGCGUGAUUGAGAAGAUUCCGAAAGAAGAUAUCCAACUCCAUCUAGGUGACUUCAACGCGAAGAUUGGCUCCGACAACGAGGACCUCGAGCGCGUCAUGGGACGCCACGGUUUAGGACAGAUGAGCGAAAAUGGAGAGCUGUUUGCUGAGUUUUGUGGCAACAAUAACAUGGUCAUUGGUGGAUCACUCGUCCCUCACCGACCAGCGCAUAAGGUCACCUGGGUUUCCCGGGAUGGCCGAACAGAAAAUCAAAUUGACCACAUCUGUAUCAGCCGAAAGUGGAGAAGGAGCCUCCUUGAUGUCCGCAACAAGCGCAGCGCUGACAUUGCAUCUGAUCAUGACCUCGUCAUCGGUGAGAUACGCUUGCGAGUCGCACGCGUCCAACGACGCGAGGAGAAAAUCGGAUGUCGCUACGACAUCCGCCGGUUGGAGAACCCAGAGGUGAAAAGGGCCUUCGUCGAACAGCUUGAAGCCCGAGCCUCUGAAUUACCACCCGGUGGAACAGUUGAAGAACAAUGGACAGGCAUCAAGAACACCUUCACCACGACAAGUGAUGAAACUCUCGGUAAGCUGCGUAGCGGGAGGAGAGAAUGGAUGACGGAUGAAACCUGGAGGAUCGUCGAUGAGCGGAGAAAGGCAAAAGCCGACAUUGGGCAGGCACGCACUAGAUCGGCUAAAGCAGCUGCCCGCCAGCGUUACGCUGAUCUAUAG